AUGAUGAACCAACAGGACCCACUAAAGGGCCAUGCCUUCCUCCGUAACGAUGACAUCGUACCGGUGGCCCAGGCUACUCCCUUCCUCCCAGGCAUCAGCGGUGGUAUCUGGUCCCCUCCCAAUAAGUUAGGGUUAGUCAUGGACCCCGAAACUGAAGUGAGUACAUUGCAAGAAAGGUUCGCGUUGUGGCUGACGGCCACCCAGAAAGACGAUCAGAUCCGGGCUCUCCAGAAACAGAUCGCCCAUCUCACUGUGGAGAGGAGCAUCAUGCAAACUGAGAAUGCCCGCCUGGUCCACGAGGUGCAUCAGCUGUCCUCUCUCAUACGUAACCAACAGCCCGGCGGUAUCAUUGACCGCCCUCGACAGAUUGCCGGCAGAGCCCUUGGCCCCACGUCCCCCACCACCCACACACCACCGUCGUAUGACAACCAGAACUAUCUUCCGCCCUUCCGCGAUAGCCUGUACCAGGCCGGUGGUCACAGCAUCCCCGAUCGCCACAUGGGGUUCCAUUCCUCUCCCAACCUGGCGGCGACUCUCCAAGACCCCUCGACGUACCACCCUUCGCAACAAACUGUUGAUCUUAUCCUGAGCGGAAAACUCGACUACAUGAGGAUGGACCCAAGGAGCGAGCAUGACCUCAUCCGCCCACUUGUUUGGACCAUUGCCCACCAGGAGCCCAAGAACAACACUCAAGCGGCCACUCUCAAGAUUGCUGCCAAUGCCCUUGGAAGCAGGCUAGGGCAGCCGCGUUCGAUGCCGAUCACCCACUACCUCAUUAGCGUGAUCCUCGAGUGGGCCAAGCCUCUCUGUUUCACGUCUAAUGGCAACUAUCUCUGCCAACAACUCCUCGAUAAGGGAACUACAGAGGACAAGAUUAAUUUCAUCAAGGUUAUCGAGAACGAUGUCGUUCCGAUCGCAAACAACAAGUUUGGAGCUCAUGUGCUCGUCAAAGCUGUCGGUGUGAAGGAGCUGGAGGGCCUCAUCUCGGCUGCCCUCCUCAAGUAUGGAAUCUACGAGUCGAUGCAGACUGGAGCCCGGAAGGUGUGGCGCCCGUACCUCUGCAAGUGCAGGAGUCACAACCAGACGGAAAUUUUCGACAAGAUCAAGGAGACCAUGAAGGGGCGCUGGGCGGACCUGGCUGUGUCCAAUGAGAAUGGAUCAAUCUCUGUGCAACAGAUUUUUGAAGGAUGUGCCAACCAGGAUCUAAUCGACGCCUGCUUUCACGAGGCAAGUUACAUCAGUGGAGUUAUUACUGACAUUCAGAUUCUUGAGGACAUUUCACGUGUUGCCAACAAUCAGUUCGGACAUUUCGCUAUCAACAAGCUUUUGAACUUCCACGAGACCUUUAUCAAGCCAGUGUCGCACGCCAUUCUCACGGCGUAUCCGCCCCUCGCCACAAACCAUCAUGGAGUACAAUUUGUCGAGUUUGUCAUCAGCUCGAACCGCAUCCAGCAACGCAACAAUAUUGUCAAGUACAUUGAAUCACUUUGCUCCCAAAAGGACGGACGCACACCCGCCAUGGUGCCGGUCGCGAACUCUUCCGUUGGCCGUGGCCAUCUUCAGAGCAUUCUACGUCAGGUUCCACCGGGAGAGCGGGCUCUUAUGAGCCGUGUCCACAACACUUGUCGUCAGUUCCAGACGACUCUCAGAAACUCUCAAAGUGGCAACGAACUCCUCCGUAGCCUGAGCAUCAUUAAUACCCCGGCUCGCCGUGUUUAA